CGGUGUUUGACCGGCGAGAGCGCACUUAGUGUGUGAGAGCGCCAUGGAUGUUGCCCACUUUUGCUUUCUAUGUUCUUUAUUUGUAUGCAACUACGCUGCUUCGCCGCCCAACUUCGUGCUCAUUUUCGCCGAUGAUUUGGGUUUUGGCGACCUGGGGUGUUACGGACAUCCUAGCUCUUUGACCCCCAACCUGGACCGACUGGCGGCGAGGGGGCUCCGCUUUACGGACUUCUACAGCACCAGUCCUGUCUGUAGCCCGUCCAGGGCAUCACUAUUGACAGGCCGCUACCAGACCCGCUCAGGGAUCUACCCCGGGGUCCUGUAUCCUGGCUCAAUCGGUGGUCUUCCAUUGAACGAGACCACCAUCGCAGAGGUGCUGAAACCUCUUGGCUACGCCACAGCCGUGGUAGGGAAAUGGCACCUGGGCCUGGGGGCCAAUGGAAGGUUCCUUCCGACCAGGCAGGGCUUUGACGAGUACCUGGGGAUUCCAUACUCCCACGACAUGGGUCCAUGUCACAACCUGUCAUGCUUUCCGCCGGAUGUCAAGUGCUUCGGAUUGUGCGACGUCGACACGGUGGCGGUCCCGCUGAUGCACGACGAGGUCAUCAAGCAACAGCCCAUUAACUUCCUGGAUCUGGAACGGGCUUACAGUGACUUCUCCACCGCUUUCAUCGCUGCAGCGGCCGAAAAGGACCAACCUUUCUUCCUCUACUACCCUUCCCAUCACACCCAUUAUCCCCAGUAUGCAGGCCCGGGAGCUGCUGGGAAGACUUCAAGGGGUCCAUUUGGAGACGCUCUGCUGGAGUUUGACAACACUGUGGGAAACCUGCUGGCUACAUUGGAGAAGACCGGCGUGAUCAACAACACCCUGGUCUUCUUCACCUCGGACAACGGGCCUUCAUUAUUUCGCAUGGCCCGCGGAGGUAACGCGGGGACUCUGAGAUGCGGCAAAGGCACCACGUAUGAGGGCGGCAUGAGAGAGCCAGCCAUCGCCUAUUGGCCCGGCAUGAUCACGCCAGGUGUGACCCAGGAGCUGGCCAGCACCCUGGACAUCCUGCCCACCAUCGCCGGGCUCGCUGGAGCUAGAGUGCCCCCUGUGGUGCUCGAUGGUGUCGACAUGGCCGACAUCCUUUUUAACCACGGAAAGAGCAAAAGGGAGAGCAUGAUGUUCUACCCCACUGAUCCUAGUGAAGAAUGUGGCCUGUUUGCUCUUCGCCUGGGGAAGUACAAAGCUCACUUCUACACACAAGGCUCCAUCCACAGCACCACCACCCCAGACAAAGAGUGUUCAACAUUCGUCUUGCGGAAGCAUCACGACCCCCCGCUUAUCUUCCAUUUGGACGCCGACCCGUCUGAGCGGUACCCUCUCCCGCUGGACGGCCAGCCGGACAUGCAGGAGCUGCUGGAGAGGAUAAAGAGAGUCAAGGAAGAGUUUGAAGGCUCCAUGUCGUUUGGGGAGAGUCAGACCUCCAAGGGAAGUGACCCCCAGCUGGAGCCUUGUUGUAAUCCACAGUGCAGUCCCAAACCCAGCUGCUGCCACUGCUGACGUCAAUGCAGGUCUCAUGGACUCCUGGGACACGAAGACGUGGCAAGCGAACCUGCUCAGCAUGGGGUGCUUGGUGAUGAAGCCAAAGUAGCUGAGGGGGAACAGAUGGAGAACAAUGUCAGAGCAAGUCCACCUGAGGGCAGAAGGUAGGUGGAGUACCAGUUGUUCUUUGGAUGGCAGCCGCAGAAGGAGAUGUUCUUCAUUUGGAAGAAGUGACUACAUCGGUCAAACUGACGGUGGAGACAAGGAACAGGAUUAACUCCUACAUGAAAUCUGACUAAACAUUCACACAUUGGAAGAAGUGACUACAAGGAACGGGAUUAACUCCUACUAAAUAUGCAUACUGGUGUAGUUUGUACUAACGCCACAAGAUGGCAGUAGCUGCAUUUCAAGUCGACCACAAUACAAAUGGCACAUUUUCAAAUUGUCCAAAGUAGUCCCAGACAUGAUAAAAGUAGGAAUCAUUCGUUAUAAAUGUGGUCAAUGAAAAGGACUUGGAUGGAUGCUCACUAUGAGGUUGAACAUGUUCCGGUCGUGGUGUUAGUUUAUUUGGACCAUGCGUAGUUGGAAAACAUGUUGCUCGUUUCUCGUUACAUGUCCGAAAAGGAGUAGGAAGAAGCCGAAUUGAUUGAACCCUUUUUCCGUUUCACAGAAAUUGCAAACACGUUUGUUUGUUUGUUCACUUCCACAAAUACAUAGAUAAUAUCAAAUAGAUACAAGUAAAUAAAUAAAGACAUUUCUAAUAAGGUUGUCAUUAGAGAUGUCCGAUAAUAUCGGACUGCCGAUAUUAUCGGCCGAUAAAUGCUUUAAAAUGUAAUAUCGGAAAUUAUCGGUAUCGGUUUCAAAAAGUUAAAUGUAUGACUUUUUAAAACGCCGCUGGACGGAGUGGUACACGGACGUAGGGAGAAGUACAGAGCAGUUGCGUCUACCAGUCAUACUUGCCAACACUCCCCAUUUUCCUGGGAGACUCCCGAAUUUCAUUGCCCCUCCCGAAAAUCUCCCGGGGCAACCAUUCUCCCGAAUUUCUCCGGAUUUCCACCCAGACAACAAUGUUUGCGUGCCCAAUCACAUAGUAUCUAAGUUUUUUUACACACACAAGUGAAUGCAAGGCAUACUUGGUCACCAGCCAUACAGGUCACACUGAGGGUAGCCGUAUAAACAACUUUAACACUGUUACAAAUAUGCGCCACACUGUGAACCCACACCAAACAAGAAUGACAAACACAUUUCGGGAGAAGAUCCGCACCGUAACACAACAUAAACACAACAGAACAAAUACCCAGAACCCCUUGCAGCACUAACUCUUCCGGGACGCUACAGUAUACACCCUCCACCUCAACCUCCUCAUGCUCUCUCAGGGAGAGCAUGUCCCAAAUUCCAAGCUGCUGUUUUGAGGCAUGUUAAAAAAAAAAAAAAUGCACUUUGUGACUUCAAUAAUAAAUAUGGCAGUGCCAUGUUGGCAUUUUUUUUCCCAUAACUUGAGUUGAUUUAUUUUGGAAAACCUUGUUACAUUGUUUAAUGCAUCCAGCGGGGCAUCACAACAAAAUUAGGCCUAAUAAUGUGUUAAUUCCACGACUGUAUCGGUUGAUAUCGGAAUCAGUAAUUAAGAGUUGGACAAUAUCGGAUAUCGGCAAAAAAGCCAUUAUCGGACAUCUCUAGUUGUCAUGAAUAAAUAAGUCAAAGAAUAGUUUGUUUGGGAGCUGCUUCUUUGCACAUGGAAACUGGACUUGAAACUUAGUGAGUCAAAGGAAAUGUAGCAGUGUCACCUUUUUCAUUGAUUUAUUUUUUUUAAUUCACAUUUGUUCAUUGUUCUGUAUUUCAAGUGUGCUAUGUAUUCACUUUUAUUCAGGCUUUUUUAGAAAAAUAUACACAUUUUAUUACUUACUUCUUGUGUGUUCUGUAUCGUUAAAAUGCUGUUGUGUAAGGUUGUUUUAGGUGAGGGGGGGAAAAGAUAAUGUCACUUUUAAAGCGUUAAGAAUUGUUUGAAAUAAAAACAAACAAAAAUGAAAUUAUGACCAAUAUUUCGGAAUAAUUCUAAUUCAUAGCGUAGUAUUUGUGGGAAUUCAAAUUAUUCACAUCCACAUUGGAUCUUAUAACUGCUACCAGGGAUUGUUUACUUCAUAAUUAAAAAAUAACUAUAAUAACGGCUCUUUAGGAUCUCUUCCGUAAAUCCCAACUCUAUUCCAUAAUUUAACGCCAAAACUGAUACACUAAAUG